GAAGAAAAAAGGUGAGCGUAAUUUUUGGAAACAAAAAUUAUUCAUACACAUAAUUCACUCGUCAACUAUUAUCCGCAUCUGUCACUUCACUUCCAAGCAACAAAUUUUGGCAUGGUCGAAUAAAUCAAAAUUUCAGUAUACUCGUAAAACUAUCACAAUUAAAGCCAGACUACUGGAAAGAGAAAAAAAGAAAGAAAAAACCAAACAAAACUAAAAUGCCCCACUGCAUUUACGAAUUUUCUCGGGGACGUGGCACAGGAGUUGCCGAAGCUAUAGGCAACUGGGGAUUUUCCAACAGGAUUGCGAGCUCCGGGCAGGAACUUCGACGUCUGCAAUGUCUUUUCGCGAAAAUGGACAGUUUGCGGUCCACAAAGAAGCCGAUAUGCGUUCGUUACGACUGUAGAAAUGAUCCGGAAGCUUGGCACGUAAAACCAAGUCCUCACGAGUGUAAACCAGCCUGGACUUUUCCUGAAAAAAGACCAUUAAUUGUUUACAACUCAUGUGCAGAUAUUAUUGUUGUUUCUAAUCUCGUCGACGUUGGCAGCGAUUUGAGCUACCCGAUACCUGGUCGAAGUUACAUGGCGCAAGGGACUGACAAAUGGUACAGAAGAGGACCGGAUUGUUGCCCUCAGCCGAGCUGUCUCGCUCCUCAGUGUCCGAAACCUUGUUGCAACUGACAUAAGAAGUGAAGAUUCAAUUUCAAAUUAAAUUGCUUUAACGGAAUUGUACUUUCUAUAAUUAAUAAUCUGUAAACCGUUUAAUGAACAUUAAAUAUAUCAAAAGACGCAGAAGAUUUUUAUCAGCAGAUUUCAAUUCAAUGCAUCAAUGUGCGAAAAAGAAAAUGGUCCACCUAUACACUACUGUGCAAUCUGAAUAUGUUACCAAUUGGAAAACAAAAUAUACUUGGCAACCUAAAAUUAAAUAAAAACAAUUAAAAACGAAAAUUUCAUGUAAACGAACAGAUCGUAAAUCUAAAUUUUAACUAAAAAUUACAUUUCUAAAUUGCAUUCCAUACAUACAGAUUUUGGCUAAGAAUUUAGGAUAAUUUUUCUACCUAUUUCGGUUAAGAAGAACUCGGUAAUUAGGGGGAAGUAGGAGUAUAAGGCUGCAAGAUGCCUGCAAAGAAAGCGGACAAGGGUAAAGAGGACAAGAGCAAAGAUAAGAAAGACGAAAAGGGCGGGGAAAAGAAAAAACCAAAAGGUCUUCCUAAGGGUGCUGGAAUGGGUGGUACUAUCGGGUUGAUGGAAAAACCGAUCAAGAAUUGCCCG